GGCAACAAGAAGAUGAGCUCCCUGCUCCAGCAAAUGAGGUAGCAGCUCUGGAGGUCGUGGUCGACCCUGCACCUCUUCCUGUUCUUCUCUUACCUCUGCCUAUCGAUCCUGCACCUGUUGUCUUACCUCUGCCUACCGAUCCUGCACCUGUUGCCUUACCUCUGCCUAUCGAUCCUGCACCUGUUGCCUUACCUCUGCCUAUCGAUCCUGCACAUGUUGCAGGUGACCUUCCUGUCGAUCCCGCACCUGUUGCAGGUGAUCUGCCUGUUCUUCCCUUAGCUCUGCAUAUCGAUCCUGCACCUGUUGCAGGUCAUCUGCCUGUUCUUCCCUUAGCUCUGCCUAUCGAUCCAUCACCUGUUGCAAGUCAUCUGCCUGUUCUUCUCUUUCCUCUGCCUGUCAAUCAUCUACCUCUGCCUGUUCGUCAUCUUCCUCUCGCAGUAGACUACGCACCUCCAGGUGUCGACUACGCUCCCCCUGUCUGGCCAGGAAGAGAUCAAAUGCCUGGGAUGUUUCCCGUGCUCGUUGCUGCACCAGCUGCCUGGCAUCCACACUCUCCACCACCUAAUGGCGUAAGUUUUUUGUUUUGA